AUGGCAUCCGCAUCCGCCCCACUGUUCAAGUUCACCGUCUUCAUCUACAAGAAAGAUUGCGUCCCUUACGACAAGUUCGUCAAAUGGGCUACGGAGGACUACCCAAGGAAGCCGGUCCCGUGUUUGCCAAAUGGACCGGCCCAGGUGGACCGCUUGGACUACGAUAUUGCCAUGACCUACUACGUCGACAGCCUCGACAAGGUCAAGGCCAUGACAACGAGCCUCGAGUGGGCGGAGCUCAAAACGGGCUACGCGGCCAACGGCAAUGUCGACAUUGGCCACUUUGUCGUUGUCCACGAGAAGAUUCUGUUCAAAGACAAUGCGUAG